GCCUUCUGCAACCGGUCCUUCCACUGGGACUGCAGAUUUCCAAAGCCGGACUCGAUCCCUCCUAGAUCAGACCCUUUUUUGGGGUUGGAAGGCGCGUCGCUGUGUUAAAAGGCAGACGUGUGGAAAGCCAGCGAGAAAGUUGCAUUUAAACUUUAGGAGCUGCGUCAGCGCAGUCGCUUGGAGAAAACUCCCCGGAGCCGGACAGAUUCCUUGCAGCUUUCAGGCCCCGGGCGUGAGGAGGAGGCGGCGCGCGGGGCGGGGGCGCUCCGGGCUAGGGUGCAGGCGGGGACUUCGGGUGACGCGGUCCCAGGGCCGCAGUGCCACACAGGGGUUCUCGGCUUCCCGCAGAGUCCUGUGCGGGACGCGAACCGGGAGGCUGGCUGCCCGCGGGCGAGCCGCGCUGGGAGGCCGAGGCCGGGGUCGGGGCCGGGGAGCCCCGCGAGCCGCCGCAGCGGGGUCCCGGGACCGCGGAGGGGCCAUGGCCGCCGGCGGCAUCACCACGCUUCCCACACUGCCAGAGGACGGCGACCCCGUCUUCCCGCCCGGCCACUUCAAGGACCCCAAGCGGCUCUACUGCAAGAACGGCGGCUUCUUCCUGCGCAUCCACCCCGACGGCCGCGUGGACGGCGUCCGCGAGAAGAGCGACCCACACGUCAAACUACAACUCCAAGCAGAAGAGAGAGGGGUUGUGUCUAUCAAGGGAGUGUGUGCAAACCGGUACCUUGCUAUGAAGGAAGAUGGACGGCUGCUGGCUUCUAAGUGUGUUACAGAAGAGUGUUUCUUUUUUGAACGACUGGAAUCUAAUAACUACAACACUUACCGGUCCCGGAAAUACUCCAGUUGGUAUGUGGCACUGAAGCGGACUGGGCAGUAUAAACUCGGAUCCAAAACAGGACCUGGGCAGAAGGCCAUACUGUUUCUCCCAAUGUCGGCUAAGAGCUGAUUCACUUUAGAAACUGUUAAGGAGAGAAAAGAAUGUAUACAACUAUGUUGGGACACUUGGUUUGAUAACUCGUUAUGUAACAGUAAAACAUUUAACCAUUACCUCAGUAAAGAAAAACAAGUUUUGGAAAAAAUUAGGCUUCCCCCUUUUAUAGAACUUUGGUUGUGACCCAGGGAUGACUAGAGCCACAAUCCUUUUCAUUUAUUUCCUUUAUUUGAGAAGGGGAUUUAAAAGUAUGUAUAUUUACAAAUUUCCAUCACGGAAAUCAUGUAUGUGAGAGAACUGGUGCCGGGGUCAGGCCCAGACUGCGUCCAUCUUUGGUUCACUCCAGUGUUUGCGUUCAAUCUGUUCUCGCUGUGUCUCUGUAACUCUCUGGCAGUUCCCUGUGAUAGAGUUUGUAGAACAGGCCCGUGUAUACUGCGGGGAAUUCCUCCAUGCUGAGGUCAAUUUUGUCAAACCCUUCCCUGUGUCCAUACAGCAAUAACCUGGCCACCCUCCUGGUGAUGGGGGUGGUGUUUUCAAUCCUGGCUAGUUUUUCUAGGUCCAUCCAUUCACACUUCAAGCAUUCCUGCUGGCAGAAGUUGAUAGUGAAGGAACAUGGCUGCAGGCGGCAGAUCAGGUACAUGUCCGACUUCCCAAAGGCUCCAGGGCUCCCAUGUUGCUGCCGGAUGCUUAGCAGGGACCUGAAUUCUGACUUUACUCCAGUCUCUUCAAAAACCUCUCGGACUGCUGUGUCACCUAUGUGAAAGAGAGAGAAACAGAGAUUUCAAUCCUAGAGAUGCCAUCAAGGGUUUCAGUUAAAAUUUGGAAGUUUAGAAGCAAAACUUUGUCUUCAAGCUGCUUUCUGGAUGUUGUGAAAAGCACUUUGUAUUUAAGAUGCUUUUGAGACUCUGAGGGUCUCUUUGGAGGCUUAUUCGUGUGUCAUAUGUGGGAACUACAUCUUCUUAACCUCUCUUCUGUUCUAUUUCCCAAAGGCAAGAACCCAUUUGCAAACAAAGCUACAGUUAACAUUCUGAUAAAUCCUUCACUAUUGUCUUGCCCUGAACAUUUGUCAAACUGCCUGAGUUUGUGAACAUCAGAAUGGAGAGAACAGACCCAUCCCUUGUUACAGGAGUCUGUAGUGCUGAACAUACUUGAGGGAGCUGUGAAAUGACUCUGACCUCUUUGUGAUCUCAAGCCCACUGCCCCACAGGGCAAGGUCCUUCCCCAUGGUUAUGCCCCUCACCUAGCUGCCAGUGGGUCCUAGCCUGAUUUGGAAACUGAUUUUUCUUGAGAGCAGAUUCUAUAGAACUUGGGGUUCAUUCUUUCAAUCCCAAAAUGCAAUAGUUGUUUCAUCAAACAAUUUCAUAAAGCUGGAAAUGCAUAUAAUUUUAUAAUGCAACAAGGGUUUUCACAUUUUAUAAAUAUUUUUCAUUAAAUACAAAUUGCCAUUAACAUACAUUUAUGUCCGAUUUUUCUAGACACCCAGGAAGACUGUCUGAAUGGACUUGACUAAUUCUGAUGCUCUAUAGCUGUCUGCCUUGAUUGCUUUUCUGGUAGUCUUUAGAAUUGUUAUAGAUUGUUUAAUGCCUUCUGAAGCCUCUCUGGAUUUUUGCCAAUUAGCACAUAAGUUUGUCUUGCCAGUAAUUCUACUCAUAAUGCCUGGGGUAUGAGGAGCUAUCAAGAGCAUAAUUCCUGUGCACUCAAACCAUUGACUGUCUUUCCUGCCCCCUGGACACUUACCAGCACCUAGCAUAUGCUCUUGUUUCUACGAAACAGUUCUGGAAAGGCUCACAGGAACAGUAACUUGGUCUAAAACACAAGACAUCUAUCCAUCAUCAUCAUCAUUAUUAUUAUUAUUAUUAUUAUUAUUACUAUUUUGG